CCACGAUACCGGGGUUGUCCACGCGUACCGAGGAAUAUAUGUCUGGAUUAGCAGAACCACGAGACUACGCAUGUGCCGUCACUUUGAUGUUUUUCCAUAGCCGCGAACAUGUCCUCAAAUUUCCCGGCAUUUCCCAAGCUGCCGCCAGAGCUUCGAUCGAUGGUAUGGAUGUACGCCCUGCCAGAACCACGGGUCUUCGAAGUACUCGACACACCACAAUCGAACCUCAAAACCCCGGCUCAAGAUGGCCUCACAUUUGCUAACAGCUGCCACGAGCCGCCGCCUUCCCUGGCAACUGUGUGCCGAGAGUCGCGAGCAUUCGUGCUCCGCACUUACAAGCCGUUGACGCUAUCCCACACAAUAAAAUACAUCGACCCUUCGCGAGACAUCAUUUUACUUGAGCCGUAUCUACUUAUUAGGCGGCUUCUUCGUGCGCUGCACUUUCUCGCGCAAAUAUCUCAGAUGAGAGAUAACAUCAGCCAAGUCGCACUUGGAACGUCGUAUGGAUUUAGCACGGGCAUAUUCCAUCCCAUUAUCAGCGGAAAAGUAUCGAGGAACAACAUCAAGAUGCUUCUCGCGAAGCUAUCGAAAUUCCCUCGCCUGAAGAACGUUUUGUUCAUUAUCCAUGAAGAGUUCCAAUUCGCCGGCCCAAAACUCGCCUUGCCUCAUGGGUUGCAACUAUUCCACCACAACUACUCCCGUAAAUACGAAGGGGAGUCUGGAGUCAGCCGACACAAUCGGUGGCGCUUCCAUCAAAAUGACGUCCAGUUCUAUCCUAUCAAGGUUGAGGCGGCCAGGGAAGACGAGCCUGACGUGGACGAGUUUGAGGACGAGGAUGAGGAAGAAGAGCGUGAUCGCAGACCGACGAAUGACGACUGGAGGCGCUUCAGGCGGCGCUUCUUGAAGGCCAUCUACCUGUCUACGGAGAGGAGACUGCACGCUGAUACGCGGACGAAGCCGCCACCAUUGAAGGUUGAAGGCGCGAAUUUGCUCUGGCGAUACCGUUCAUACUGAGACCCUAGUCAUUAUCAUCGAUGCGAUACAUCUUUUCCGCACCUCCUUGCAGUAACUUUGCUGAUCGAAGAAUGAACCCUGUCUACUUUGCCAAAGCUGAAAGCCUGAAAGGGAGGGUGGAUGAGACAUUGACAGGUGAUGGGUGGAUCGUGUCUGGCAAAUCCAACGCAACACCCACGACCACUCACUCUGACGUAUUGCCUGAGGAUUGCACGCAAUGUUCCAGACCAUUGAACCCAUCAUGAAAACGGACUUGAGCCAACAUCGACACAAGCACCAAAAAGAGAACACGAUGCUAUCACUAGAUUGAUAAACCGUAUGGGGAUGUCCAUCUUCAGUGGUUGUUCGUUUUUGUUCCUG